UUCGAGCAACUUUAUGCUCUUUUUUUUUUCUAAAAAUUGAUUAUGCUAGAAAAUGAGUACAUAGUUAUUUGAAAAUGGGUGUUCAGUAACUCAAUAAUGAGUAUUCAUACGGAUGUACUGGAAACAUCGUAUAUUUGGAUGUAGGGUAUAGAUAGAUAGGUUCGGGCGUUUCAAGAUAUGGCAUGGGGUGGGGUGCGUUAUGGUCGCUCUCUCGUUCACUUUGCUCUUCGGCGGGGCUUGUGUCCCCUGCAGAAUCAUGGCCUCAGAUUCCACCACAGCACAAACACUUGGUUACUGCUUCUUUGCUGUUCUCUUCUGCUGUGGCUGGUCUUGUACUCAGAUUUCCCACAUUCACAUUCUUCAUCUUCAGUGACUCUACCGCAUCUCCAGGGGCACAAGACACUAAAGUUCAGUACCGAUGGAUGGCAUUCGUAUCGGUUCUCAUUGGGGGUGUCUUUGUGAUCAUCUUUCACCUUGGGAUCAAAGAGCCCAGUAAAAGGAAGGACGGUUGCGCAAAAAUUCGCAGUAACACUUCGUGGACUUAUUGGUUGAAGAAAGUUUCGUAUUAUCAAGUUGCUAGUGUUUAUGUACUCACUCGAGUUGUAACCAAUGUAUCCCAGUCAUUUCUUGCUGUGUAUGUGAUCAAUGAUCUACGCAUGAACGAAUCCUCAAAGUCACUGGAACUUGAGUGGAGCAACAAAAGGUUGAAAACCUUGUUCUCCUGUGGUGGCUUGCUCUGGUUAUUAUGUGGUGCAAUUGUGAUGUGGCUACCCAUGAACAUGAACCAUUUUAUGUAUGCCCUAUCAAUACUAAUAGGCAUUGCCAAUUCCUUGAUGAUGGUGACUUCGACAGGCAUGGAGAGUGCUCUAGUGGACAAACAUCUAGACGGUUCGGCUUUCGUCUAUGGAUCUAUGGGCUUUGUUGACAAAGUACUAUGUGGCGUGGCACUCUACUUUCUUGAAUCAUUCGAGGAUGCAGAUCUAGUACCAUGUGAUCCAACACAUGCUUGUUUCUCUGUGACCCGAUUUUCGUUGGGGUUCAUCCCGGGAAUAGCCGCACUUCUGGGAGCUAUAGUUUCAUUCACCAUGAAACUACAGACCUCCCAUUUGAAGCCUUUAGAAAACCCACUCUUAGCUUAAUAGAAGAAUGUUACAUGGACUACAAUAGAAUAAACGCAGUUUUGAAUUGAAAUUAAUGCAUAUUCUUGUACUGUUGUCUAAAUUAUUUAUUUUUCAUUUACCUAAUUGAGGGGCAUGGGGACGAGCACGCGUGGGUAAGGGCAGUACAUACCUUUGGUUACGUUGUUGAAGUGUCAUGCAUUGUAUGUGUUGCUGGUAGUUCCGAAAGUACUCAAAUAGACACGUGGAUAGGGUUGUUUGAUCAACGGCGCAAAGCUGUGCGGCUUCACUUUGCCCAAGUGCUAUGAGAGAGCUACUCAAGUUGAGGGAUCCAUGGACGAUAUUGAUCGAAAAUUACUUGUUUGCGAGAGUAUCUGGAGUUAAAUCAAAUUUAUUAAGCACU